AGCUAUACCCAAUAUUUUGGUCACUUGCGUUACUAUGAUAAACAAUUGAUAGAAAGUUUUUAUUUUAUUGGUUUAAUUUUGUUAUUUUGAAUAAAAUAUUUACUGCUGAUUCUCUUUUUAAAUUAAGGAUUAUUUAAACUUGAAGUAUGUUAUAAUAUCGGAAACAAAAACAAAGGAAUUAAAUUUUAGUGCCAAAUUUUACGAAGUUUCUUUAAUUCGUUUUAAUAAAAUGACUGAAAAAAAUGACUCUCCGAAAGGACGAGCAAUAUCAUCAAAAUCUGGAAAAAGUAUUAAAAAAAAAAGUAUAGGUUUAGAACACGAUGCUCUAUUUAAGCAAAUUGGAGGACAUUUAGAUGCGAAUUUUGACUAUAGCCAAUGGCAGAGAACUCAAAAGCCAGUAAAGAAACAAUCAACUGUUAGAAUUGGUCAACUAGACUUUCAACUUGGAAGUGAAGUCACAGUUUCGGCUCCAGCUGGUUCCAUAAAAAAGAAAAAAGAAAUAACAAGAAGAUGCUCAAAACUGGAAAAGAAAGUUGAAGAUACAGAUAAAGCGGAAAGAAUAAAUGUCUUAAAACUUAGGAUCACUGCAACAUUGAAAGCUAUAAAUGACCAAAAGAAAAGAUUUGCCUUCCUAAAAAAUGAAAAUAGAAGAUUAGUAUCAAAGAUAAAGGGAGACGAGAAAGGAACUUACGACGAAGUUCGAGAUUUAUUAAGAAAGUAUGAUAAGUUCAAGACAGGAGUUUCGUGCCUCAACAGCAAAUUUCAGGAUGAAUAUGAAAUUGUCCAGUCUGACUAUUUUAAAGCUAAAGAGGAAGGAGCGGCAGAAAUAAAAAUUCUUCAGGAGAAAGUAGAUAGACUAGACAUUGAAGUAGUAGCUAGUCAGAAGAGUUUGCAUGACCUUCAUUCGUACAAAGACAAAGAAUAUCCUUUGAAAGCUUUUAGAAUAUCUCAAUUACAAUCGGAAUUGGAAAGUUUGUAUGCUUCUAACGAGGAAGAAGAGAGAGACUUGUCAAAUAUAAUUGAUAAGGAGCUGGAUACUCGCUUAAAAGAACACGAAAAGAAAGAGAGACACCUUGCUGAUGAUAUAAGUGAUACUUUACUGGCCCAAAUGCACCCUAAUCUUGUUGACAUGGCAAAGCAAAAUUGUUAUAUGAAACUAGAAAUAGAGAAACAAAUCGGUGAAAAAAGUUAUUUAGAAGAUGAUAUUAAUCAACUUCAAGAAGAGAUUAAAGAAUUAGUAAAAAAUCCUAAAUGUAAUAUAAGAUUACAAAUGUUCCCCGAAUUCUUUCCAACUAAGGAAAAGUGUACACCAGAUAUGGAUGUCGUGUUAGAUAUUCCAACCGAAAAGUGGCUUCCUGUCUAAAAGAAAAUGGUAGUAAAGGAUCAGAAUAGAACUGAUUAAAGAAUACUUAUUUUACAAUUAGAGUUUGAAUGGCGUGCCAAUUUUUUGUGUUUCCCUCUUUUUCGAACUAUAUUUGUUCAUAUGUUUAGUGCCAAGUUUUUAUGCAAAUGAUUAUCCUUCAGAGUCAAUACAAUAAAUAAUAACUAAAUUGU